GUUCUCGUCAGGUCGCUGUGACGUGUGGACGCCGCGGCCCGGCCCGGCCCGGGACAGGACGUGGGGGGGAGGGGGUCGCCGGCGGUACCGACCCGAGCCGGCCACGGCCGUCAGCUCCUUCCGCUGUGCCCCGCCAUGUUCAACGUGGAGAGCCUGGAGCGGGCCGAGCUCGGGGAGAGCCUCCUCACCUGGAUACAGACGUUUCACGUUGAGGCACCAUGCCAGACCGUGGAAGAUUUAACGAGUGGGGUUGUGAUGGCCCAGGUUCUUCAAAAAAUAGAUCCAGCUUACUUUGAUGAAAAUUGGCUGAACAGGAUCAAAACAGAAGUAGGAGAUAAUUGGAGGCUUAAGGUAAGCAACCUGAAGAAAAUUUUAAAAGGAAUAUUGGAUUACAAUCAUGAGAUCCUAGGACAACACAUCAAUGACUUCACCCUUCCUGAUGUUAACCUGAUUGGAGAACAUGCUGAUGCUGCAGAGCUUGGGAGAAUGCUUCAGCUUAUUUUGGGAUGCGCUGUGAACUGUGAACAGAAGCAAGAGCACAUCCAGACCAUAAUGAUGAUGGAAGAAUCGGUUCAACAUGUUGUCAUGACAGCCAUUCAGGAGUUGAUGAGUAAAGAGUCUCCAGUCUCUGUUGGAAAUGAUGCUUACAUUGAUCUUGAUCGUCAGCUGAAGAAAACUACAGAAGAAUUAAAUGAAGCACUAGCAACCAAAGAAGAGAUUGCCCAGAGAUGUCAUGAGUUGGAUAUGCAGGUUGCAGCCCUCCAGGAGGAGAAGAGCAGCUUGCUCGCUGAGAACCAGAUCUUGAUGGAACGUUUAAAUCAGUCUGAUUCUAUUGAAGAUCCCAACAGCCCUGCAGGUCGUAGGCACUUGCAGCUGCAGACACAACUGGAACAACUUCAAGAAGAAACUUUCAGAUUAGAAGCUGCCAAAGAUGACUAUCGAAUACGCUGUGAAGAACUAGAAAAGGAAAUUGCUGAAUUGAGGCAACAAACAGAAGAUCUUACUACACUGGCAGAGGAGGCUCAGUCUUUGAAGGAUGAGAUAGAUGUACUCAGGCAUUCUUCUGAUAAAGUAGCCAAGUUGGAAAGCCAGGUAGAGUCCUACAAAAAGAAACUGGAAGACCUGGGUGAUUUGCGACGGCAAGUGAAACUCUUAGAAGAGAAGAAUACAAUGUACAUGCAAAAUACCAUAAGCCUUGAAGAAGAGCUAAGGAAGGCCAACGCCUCACGCAGUCAGCUGGAAACAUACAAGAGACAGGCAGUUGAACUACAGAACAGGUUAUCUGAAGAAUCCAAGAAAGCUGAUAAAUUAGAUUAUGAAUGCAAACGACUGAAAGAAAAAGUAGACAGCCUCCAAAAAGAAAAAGAUAGAUUAAGAACAGAAAGGGAUUCUUUGAAAGAAACUAUAGAAGAGCUUAGAUGUGUACAAGCUCAGGAGGGUCAACUCACCACUACAGGAUUGAUGCCUCUGGGAAGACAAGAACCUUCAGAUAGUUUAGCGGCAGAAAUUGUUACUCCUGAAAUAAAGGAGAAACUCAUUCGCCUUCAACACGAGAACAAGAUGUUGAAGUUGAACCAAGAAGGUUCUGACAAUGAAAAGAUUGCCUUAUUGCAGAGCCUUCUUGAUGAUGCAAACUUGCGGAAAAAUGAGUUGGAGACAGAAAACAGAUUGAUAAAUCAGAGACUUCUAGAGGUGCAGUCCCAGGUUGAAGAAUUACAAAAGUCUUUGCAGGAUCAACGUUCAAAAGCUGAAGAUUCAGUUCUUCUGAAAAAGAAACUUGAAGAACAUCUUGAGAAGCUCCAUGAAGCUAACAACGAGCUGCAGAAGAAACGAGCUAUUAUUGAGGAUUUGGAACCAAGAUGCAAUAACAGUUCACUCAAAAUUGAAGAAUUACAAGAAUCUUUACGGAAAAAGGAGGAAGAAAUGAAGCAAAUGGAAGAGAGAUACAAAAAGUAUUUGGAAAAAGCCAAAAGUGUUAUCCGCACCUUAGAUCCAAAACAGAACCAGGGUGCAGCUCCUGAGAUUCAGGCUCUGAAAAAUCAGUUGCAGGAGCGAGACAGAAUGUUUCAUUCAUUGGAGAAAGAAUACGAAAAAACAAAAAAUCAAAGAGAAAUGGAGGAGAAAUUUAUUGUUAGUGCCUGGUACAAUAUGGGGAUGACUCUGCACAAAAAAGCUGCAGAAGAUAGACUGGCUAGUACCGGCUCAGGACAGUCCUUCCUGGCAAGACAAAGGCAAGCCACAAGCACAAGAAGAUCUUAUCCAGGUCAUGUCCAGCCAGCAACAGCAAGGUAGAGAAGCCUUGCCCUUAGAAAGAAAACUACCCUGUGAUCCAGGCCACUUCUGUUGCAAGUAACAUUCAUGGAAAAAUUGACCAGCAUCCUUUCUCUUUCUCCCUUGUUAAUACUUUAUUUUAUAGUUCAGGAAGGGGUUUUAUUGUCAUUUAUCAUUGUUCUGAAAUGCCCUUUGCUAAUAUUUCUGGGAGUCCAUCUCUCUAUUUUGCUCUUUCUGCAUUUUUGAAUAUGCCAAAGUUUUGAAAAACCUGGAGGGGUGCUGUAUAAAAUCAGUCUUAUUUGUGAGAAAAUGCAAAGUUUGCUCUUAUUCUUGCCAUUUAAUAGGGAUGCAGGUUGAUUUUUGUUCAGGUUUUUAUUUAUCUACCAGUACUGGCAGAGCGGAACAUUUUCAAAUGGUUUGUUCACUCAUCUUGGUCAAGUGUAUGUUUAAUAUAUAUCCUAAAACAACUGAGAAAUAUUUAGAAUGCUCUAUUAUGCUACUGCAUCAUACAUUUAAGGAGGACAUUUGUUUUAAAAUUUUAUAAUUAUGGAUGAACAGUAUGUAAUGGAUAAACACCUUGAUUAAUAUUGUUAAGAUUAUUGAAUUCCAGUUGUCAUUCCCUACUAAAAAACUUGCUUUUAACAUAUUGAUUCAGGAUAUAAUUGUAUCAGUUGCCUUACUAACAGUACCAGUGCCUUCAGGUGAGUUUGUUGCUGACUUUGUUGGAAACUGGAUGUGGCUUGUCAUACUAUCUUUUUAGUGUGCAGCUGGUUAGCUAUGCGUCUCUUGCUGUAGCACCUUCAUGUUGAUUGGUGUUGGAUGGUGACUCCUUCUAUUAGUUUAGGUUCUGUUCUUCUUGCUUUUUCCUUAAUUCUGUGCUCUCCCUGUCAUUUUAUUGAAGAGCUGAUGGACACAAGGUCCCUGAGUAUUGGUUAAAAAUGUCAUAUACAUACAUCUUGUGUUGAUUCAGUUUUAAACAUCUUUCAUUUAGAGACUGUUUGGACCCCAGUGCACCCGCAGUGUGGUUUAGAAGUUUACUCUUCUACCUUAUUUUAAUGCCUUCCCAAGUGAAGAUGUUUUUUCAUAGAUCCCUUUAGAGAAAAGACAUACUAGUGUUAAUUAAUCACCUGAAGGUUCAUUCACAAAUUGGGCUGAAUGAGCAAAGGAUAAUUAAAAUAAGCACACCUAGAUUAAAGGGUAAGGAACAGGUGAAUGACACUUCUAAGUAUUGUUUUAUCUUCAACUAUGUAAUCUGUUUUACUGUAGGCUAAGAAAUGUGUUCAAGAUAUGUCUAUAAAAAUCUAUCUGUUCUGAUUUUUCCUCCAUUCCCAGUAAUAUGAAAACAGGUGCUGAAGUCUAUUAACUGCAUAUAGUUGUUUUAUUCCUCACAUUUGGAGAAAAUAAAAUCUUCUCUAAAAAUUCUUUUUAUUUAUUCCACGAGUGGCAGAUCUGGGCUAUGCCUGCAAGACUAGGUAAGACAGUGGAACUAUGUUCUUGUGUGCAGAAGGGUAAUGAUGUAAAAGACCAUUUCUGUAGCUCAGUGAGGUGAUGCUCAUUUUGCUUGAGAGACAGAAUACUGAAUAGACAUGAAGACAUAAGUGUUAUCCUAGCAAGAUGCAAACAGUUUCUUUGUGACAUUUUUAAUGUUCUUAUUGUGCAAUCUGUUGUAGUCACUUGAAGAAUGCAUGCCACGUGUGAAUGGGAGCAAAUAAGAUCGCUUCUGAUAGAAUUUUUAAGUUCUUGUUUUAGAGCAUAGCAUUUUAUAAUUAUCCAGAGAAAGAACUUAAGAAUACCUAAAGCUCCAUUUAUAUUUCAAUCUGACUAGCUCUGCCAAAGCCUCUUUGUGAAAGCAAGGAAUACCAGGGCUGUAAUGGGAAGUUUUAUCUCAUGAUUUAACUUCCUGUUGCUAUUAAUUAGCUACAGGUCUAAAAUAACUCAGAACACAAACUGCACUGUAGAAUAAAUCUUACCUGUUUGCAUUAUUUUAUGCAAACAUAAAAUCAUGUUUCCCUCAAAAGUUUUUAUGACAGGCAAAUGCCCCUGAUGCUUACAAGAUGAGCAAAUGCUGAUGAGAAGCCUCAGUUUUACUUUUUACUUCUUUGUCUCUCAGGGCUUCUUUCACUUCUUGGUGGUCAUUGGCUUUUACCUUCUGCUCUGUGGUUCUGAUCAGUCUUUCCUUUUCCCUUGAGAUAAGACAUUGUAGUAUUUUCUGUAGUUUCCCUCAAGAAUAUAUGUAGCAUUCUUCUAUAGCCUCAAAGAGCAAAACAAGACUAAUACUGAAUCUGUGCUUUACAGAUUUUAACUGCUCAUGGUACUUGUUGAGCAAGACUGAACAAGCAUUUUGUCUUUUGAGAAUUUGCAAACUUCUAGGAAUUCUGAUAUUUCCUCUAAUCUAUAUGGAAUAUUAAAAUCUAAAAGUAUGCUGUGAUCUUACAAAAAGAUACUCUGUUGCUAUUCACUUGGAGCAAGUCACUUGUUCUGUCUUCUAAUAGUCAUCAUCAGGAAUUUAACUCAUUAAUCCCUCACCAUUUUACUUCUGCUAUUUGUUGCACACAUCGAUUCCUCAUCUUUGAGUGUGGAUGAGUGAAGGUGGUGAACAUCACUGAACCUUCUCUCUCACAGGAGCAGCUUCUUUAUUGAAAGGGCACAGCUUCAUUGUUUUCUGCACUUGUUAUAUAGCUUUGGAAGUUGUCUGGUGGUGAGAAAAAGAAGGGGCUUAAAGCUUGCCUUCAAAAUAAGCACAUGUAUAGAUGAGCUACCAGUGGAUGCUUUCUACUUGUCUGAUCUUCAGUAGUAAAAGAAUAUAAGCAAAAAAAAUCACAGAAUCUUCAGGGUUGGAAGGGACCUCAAAAAAUCGUCUACUCCAACCCCCCUGCCAGAGCAGGAUCACCUAGAGUAGGUCACACAGGAACUCCUCCAGGUGAGUCUUGAAUGUCUACAGAGAGGGAGACUGCACAGCCCAUCUGGGCAGCCUGUUCCAGUGGUCCAUCACCCUCACAGUGGAGAAAUUCUUCCUUGUAUUUCUUUGGAACCUCUUGUGUUCCAGUUUAUACCCGUUGCCCCUUGUCCUAUCAUUGGACAUCAUUGAGAAGAGCCUGACUCCAUCCUCCGGACACCCAUCCUUUACAGAUUACCCCUCAGUCUGUUCUUCUCCAAAUUAAAGAGCUCCAGCUCCCUCAGCCUUUCAUCAUAAGGGAGAUGUUCCACUCCCUUCAUCAUCUUUUUGGUCCUAAAAAGCCACAUAAAGCAGAAUUCUCUCAGUACAUUAAAUACUUCUUAAGAGCUUUUAGGAACACUUUUUUUUUUUUUUUUUUUUUUUUUUCCCCAGGGCAACAAAGGCUAUUUACAGCAAAACUGUAGUGGUAAUUAUUAAAUCAAUGCUACAUCCUGGCCUGAUACACUACAAAAAGACCUCUGCAGAUUCAGUUUAAGGAGAAAAUGCUCUCUGGGGCAUGAGAGUACAUUCCUGAAUAACCUUCCAGGAGAUUUUUAAUUAAUGCCAAUAAAAUAUAAUAGUUAAAUGGACUAAUAUUUUUAUUGUUUGACCUGAAGCUUAGUUUCUGGCCUUAAAGGAUGUGUAUGCAGUAUGGCUCAUAUACUGCAGUAGAAAGAUAAGUUGUUGGCAUGUCUGAUUGGCCAUUACAGGAAAAAAGUAUUCAGGUUCCCCAUUUCCUUGAUAGACACACAUAACCAGUUGGCUCAUAACAUGGAUUUUCCAAGAGCUGUUAAAACUGAAGUAAUCUAUUGUAAAGGUUGUGUGUUCUACCCCUAGUGCAAAGGAAAAUAAACAACUGGAGUGCACAGCCUUAUAUAUUGUGAAAUGAAGCAAAUAUGUAAUGGCUACCAGAUGCUUUUCAUCAUCACUUUGGAAAUACGCAAGUAGUAAUCCCAUUGUGAUGUCACUUUAGAGAGCAGUAAUGCUUCUGCAAGUUUUCUGCAGCUUUUUCUUCAUGUAAGGAGCACUGGCAGUUUUACAUUCAGUGUACAUAGAAGAAUUAAUGGUGAAUAUUCCUGUUACUGCUUUAUGAUGGUCUUAAAUAGUGAGUAGUGGUAUGUGCAAGCUGUCUAGAAAAUUUAAGAGGAUUAGAUAUGAUCCUUGAUUAUUUUUUAUUUGUGUGAGCUGCUUUUUCUUUUCCCCAGUUCUCUAGUAUACGAGACUAUCCAUUUAGCUGCUUCCUGGGUGAUUUUUAUUGGAUUUAAUUGCCUUGAUGUGGGGACAUUUCCUGCAGAUUUGACAAUUGGAGAAUAUUUUAAUUCACCACUUGAUUUUCUUGUUGUUAGUGAUUUGGAGGAAAAUGGUCCCAAAUGUGGCUAAUUUUUCUUAUGAAGCAAAACAGAAUACCUGAAUUUUACUUAUUUAGUUGAGAUUUUUAUUCUUGCCCAACGUUUUGAGACUUUUUGCCAAGGAUUGAUGAGGGAGGUAUUUUUGCACUCAAAGUCAACUGUGCAAUGCUGACUUCUUACAGGGUUUUGCACAUGUGUUUUAGGUAGACUGUGGACUCUGUGUUUUUUCAGUAAUACUGUACUAAUAAACUUGAGUUCCUCCAAACCAGAUGUAACAGACUCUGCGGGCAUUUUACUCACCAGUGUUGUGCAAAUAAGUAGCUAGAAGUGGUUACUCAGUCAGGACAUACUUUGAAGAGGUUUUUUUUAUCCUCUAAGCAAAGUAGUUUUACUUCAAGAGUGUUGCCUACAGAGUAGUUUGAUCAUCUCAGUGUCAUCUCAGGAAACCAAGCACUUAUAAAAAAUACUUUUCAGAAGCCGUCCUUAAUUGGCUAACGCUGGCAGUAAGGUGCAUUUAGCAUUCUGUUAAAAGGAAUAGGUGGGUUGUUGUAACAGUUUAAAUGUAAAGAACCAGUAAGCGAGAAACUCGAGUGAGUGAGGUUUUGCACCUUGCAAACUGCACAGAACCCAGAUAUGUGUCCCCUCCCAUAUCUGAGCAAUCUAACUCCCUCCUGUAUUGGCAAGAGCACCAUGUUUCAACUUUAUGCCCUGCAUCAGGAUGAAGAAGUGGAGUCUUGCAUCACCUGAUAGGUUGGUGCAGGAGCAAGUUAUCAAACGUCCCUUGCUCUCAAAAGGUCUCCGCAUGCAAAGUCAUAUUAUUGGCUUGUGACAGAUAUCAGAUUCUAGGUAGGAUCCUCCAAUUUGUAUAUUUCAAAGAAUCAAGAUAAUGUCCUGGCAUGACUGGUUGCAUUGCCUCGCUCUUGUGACCUUUCUUCCCUCUGGAAGUCCUGAAAAGGAGGAGAAGCUUAACAGUAAGUCUUCAGGCUAUCAGUAAAAUAUAAUGGGUGAUUUCUUCAGUUUAAAAGUGGAGGAGACAGAUGAAGCAACUGCUAAGUACAAAACUCUGAAGCACAGUAGGUCUUUCAUCAUUUUGCUUUUUGGUGUUAAAUCAGAAGCAAUGAAACAGAACCUGAGCCUUUGAAGUUGGAGUAGGGUUUUACUUUGCUUUUGGUAAUUUUGAGUUGCAGUUAGCUAAGCAUUUAGAGGCUUUACUUCUGUGAAACAAGCGGAAGCUGUCAUUAUCAGCCACAGCAGCAUAAAACUUCUUGCGUCUGGUAUAGUGACCCCCCCCCAGAAAUUUUGACUCUUCUGCCAGCUUUCAGAAAGAGCAAAUGGUUAUUUUAACCAUAACAGAAGUGGUCAUUUGUAACCACUCUGGAGAGCUUUUAACUACUGUAGCAGAGCACAAAUCUGAAAUACUGCAAAAGCAAGUAUUUCCACAGGUAUAGAAUGGCUUAUUCUGCAAAUGGAACUUGAAUCCCCAAUGGCCAUCCCUAACUUUGAGAGAAGAUAAAAUCAACAUAAAGCCAAUUGUUAGCUAAUUAGCAUGCAGCUGCUGUUAGUGUGAUUGUCGAAAAGAGCAGAAUUUAAAGAGAAAAUCCCAAAUGGUGUCAUAAUAUUUAUGGAGUUCUAAAGUAGUUUUAGUGAGACCACUAGACUUUUGAUUUGGGUUUGAAUAUAACAUUCAGGAUGUAAUUUAAAACAUUGCAAAGCAGAGAUUAUAAUCCACAGUCCCAAAAGAAUAGUCCCCUUUCUAUAUCAGGAAAGUAAUCGUAUUUCUGUGAGCCACCAGUGCUUUUGAGAGAGACAGACUGUAAAGCCUUUAUUUAGCAGUAUCAGUAAAAUCUUGGUAUAGUUAUAAGCAUGACAUUAUAAGGCCACAAUUCUUAGAACUGAUAGUCUAUUUUGUAUUUUCUGGUCAUCAGAGUAUAAAAUGCAAACUGCUGUUAGCACAGUUCUGGAAGGUUCUAUGUUGAAAGAAUGGCUCCUUUAAAAUAUCUAAAGGAAAUUCCAUGGAGAAAGGCAUAGAAAGAAUAGAUGCAGAAAGAAAAACAAGCUUUCACAGUAGGAGCCAGUAAGUAAUGAUGCGAGGAAAUCUGCAGGAAGAGAAACCUGGAGGCAGUUACUUCAAAACAGAAGCUUGGCAGAAAUACUCUGUUUAUAGACUAAGCAGGAAAAAAAAGGUUGCUUAGAGAGGACAUGUGGGGGUUUUUGCAUUGGAUUUGACUUGUGUGAGCAGUGCUCUGAACUAACAGUUCUUGUUUUGGUAGGUACCUCCAGAGCUUAGUGAAGAAAGCUGCUGUUCUUUCUGUGAUUUCCGUGUACUGGAGUUGUCCUGCUCUCUUCUAUGUGUGGAGAAAAGAGGAGAGCAAGAAGUUAGGGAAGAUUUUAAAAGACUGAUAAACACUUGUAAAGAAGUAGAGCUAAUGAGACUAGACUUUCUUUCACUGUUUCACUAAGAAACAAUCUCCCAGGCUGGCAACUAGCUUUCACUUUAUAGUUCAAAUAUUUUGGACUGGCAAGGGAUGUAAGAGAAGGCCAGUCAUCUGCUGCAUAGAUGGUCUCUUUCUGAAGAUGCUGCACAAGCAAUGGCAGGCUGUGCAGCACAAAUCUGCCCUUGUGUCUCAUCUCUACUGCUUUCAGAGGCAUUGCUGCAUUGACAGAUAGCUUUGAAGUACAUUAUUAUUUAGUUUUGAGGGUUCCUCUGAGAGAAAGAAAUUGACAGACCAUAUGUUUUUUAGAACAAGAUUGGAAUUUCUAGUCAGAUGAAUUUGUUACACUAUUGAAAGGGAUUAUACUGUCCUGAGUUUACAAGGCCUUUCAAGAAUGUUUUUGGCUCAAAGAGGAGCCUAUGAUGUCAUUUCUAUUUAUGUGCAACAGGAGACUUGAAGUGCUUACUAAAUAGUAAGCCUGAACUAAGAGUCAAGUGAGGCUAAAGGAGUAGACUAUAUUCAUUUAUGCACAGUAAAAGAGAUAAUAUGCUUAUGUAGCUCGAACUUUGACUUUUUUGUAGGCUAACUACAGUAAGCUCCAUAUGAUUAACCCUGAACACUGUAACUUUAUGCACCUAAGCAGUGCCAAGCAAAGCUUAACAGACAAUGAUUACUCAAAAUACACUCUCAAGGCCUGCUUUGAAUGUGUUGUAUGUGCUAGUUAUUUAAAUUUUUAUUCCAUUUGACUUAUGUCUCUGUGUUUAUGUUUUUAGACUAUGAUUAGUAUUCUAGCUUGGUGAAUGACAAGGAAAAAAAAAAAGGGAUAUAUUACCUUCGGGACUUGCAGCAGAAGACAGAUUUUUUGCAAUAAGUCUCUGAGUUUAGUUACAUUGUUCCGUGUCAUCUAUUUGUCCUGGGUUUUCCUGUCAUAAGAUCUGUUCUUAGGAUUAGUUUUUGAACCAUGCAAUACUAAGGAGGAGAGAAGCAGCCUGCGUGCUUUGUUUUGGGCCUGGUGAAACCGUUGUUGCUCUUUUGCCAUGCCACAGUGAGUUGCAAUGUGAAAUGAGAGUGAGCAGCUGGCUCUCUGCCACACCAUGCAGGGAUGUUUGUGUCUCCUGGGGACACGGGCAGCACUGUAUCUGCCUCAGUGAAGCAUCCUACCUGUCCCCAUUACUCAGGGGUGCCUCAGCAAGGCUGGAGAAACACACCAGCCACCCCCUUUUCCUUCCAGACUGAGAUUCCCUCGCACAGCAUCACAAGCUGCUCUAUGGGUUUUUCCGUGGCUCCUGCUCGGCUCGUUUUGACCAGAGUGUGCAUCGUUGUCUCGUGGCUCAGCCACGUGUUUGCCAGCACAGUGCAGGGCAGUGGUGCCGCUGCAGCCUGACAUGCAUAGGGAUGAGCUGGGAUGGAGCACACACCUCAGAAGUCUGCCUUCGUUGCUGCUUGGAGCUCAGAGGCCCAGGCAGGAGUGGUUGUGCCUUGGUUGUCUUUUAGUACAUAGCCACACACAGCAGCAGAUGGGCACCUCUUGGUUUGUGCUGCCUUGUGAUCUAUAACUGUUGCACUCCCAGGCAGCAGGAAUACCUGAGGGUUUUUCAUGGCUGUGUAAACUGAGCUUCCAUAGCGGUGCUGGUUGAGAAUGGUACCCUGAAGGACUUGGAAGUGUUUGAAUUUGUAUCAAUCAUGUCUAAAUGUAGGUACUGUUCAAGGCUGUUUCGUUGCCCUGUCUAAUUACUGGUGUGUAACCCUACCGUCAGUUUGAAGCGUUUCUCUGACAAAGAUGUUUUCCCCUGAAUUUGCACAACUCUAAGCAGAGAUGGCCUUACCAAAACUGCUCUGAAAAAUACCUGUUCUGUUACUUGUUUGUUUGGGUUUUUUAAACAGUAAUAUGUUACCUGCUUUUUAACUUUCUUCUUUAUUCUUUUAUUUGCAGUGAUGUGGUUGCAUGACCUGCAGCAUUAUUGUAACAGGGACUGUUCAGUGCAUGACUUGCUUUUCUAUCCUGACUGCAUAACCAAAACUUACCCAGUUCUACACUUAAGACUCAUGGCCAUCUGAUUUCAAAGGGAGAUCUACUGGCAGAGAAGCUUACCAUCCUGGGGAGUGGCUUUCCCAUUUCCUGCCUUCCACUUACCUUCUCUUUGCAAACAGUCUCCUAGGAGGCUUGAAGAGAGGAAAUUCAGAAUUCGACAGGAGGCAUUCUCCAAGGUGACGGAGUGCUGUCAGCUCUCCAUUGCACUUCCACCUGUCAACUUUAUUUAAUUCUGAUUAACAGUAUUAACAUUAGACUUCCUGCAACAUUUUCAUAUACUGAACUACAAAAACCUAGUCUUAAAGAGUACCUAAAGACGCCUUUUGGUUACUGUUAAGAUUUCAAAGCACCCGUGCCCUUAAAGGAUCCACUUUGAAUCUUUAAAUGGUUAAUGUAAAGUGAAGGAGGUGAAAUGACUAACAAAUUGCUGCUUGGCCAUCCCAUCUUACUUAGAAAACCAGGCAAAGUUCAUCUGACAGUCACCGAGCCAGGCAGACUACAGGGCGGUCCUUUUGUCCACAGGCAUUGCCUGCCUCCUUUCUAUGUAUAUACACAGUAGUUUGUGGCUGUUGUAUUCUUCUCUCUACAUUUUAGCUGUGUUGUCAGUUUCUCUCCAAAACCUCUUUUUUUUUCAGUCUCUGUACAAUUGUUAAAACAAUCUGAGGUAAAAAAACGUGAAUGGGGAUAAAUACUAAAGCUGUCUACACUUUUCAGUAUUAUGCUCGCCAGUUUAUAAUUUGGGUCGUUUAUCUUUUACCUGUACUGGCUUGUUUCUCUCUGUGUUUUUUUCUCCUCCUUAUCGCAGUCUUAGCUAUUUAAUUUCCAAUUGCACUAGCUUGGCUGUUUCUUUGUAUUACCAGGUUUAGCUAUAUAAGAUUUUGCCAUAUGUAGACAGUGUAACUCAGAAUGCUUUGUACUGCCUAUAUUAAUUUUUAAAAGCUGCUUAUUUAAUAUUCUUAAAUAUCUGCACAUUUGUACUACUGUGUCUUUGUUUUGUAUUGGACAUGCAGUCCCAGCAGGUGAGGGAGUGCUGUAGUAGUGUUGUUAAGCCGAGACCUGUGUCACGUAGGCCUUAGCAUGUAACAAGCAGGGGCAGUGGCAUCUAAGCCAUAGGAUGUGCUGGAAAAUCUGAGGAGAGUUUGGAUGAUGAGCACCGCAAGGGGUUUGGCUUAAAUCCAGUUCCAGAGAAGGCUCGUUACUUGGCUCUUAAUCCAGCAGAAAUAUAAACACAUAUGCACUCUGCUUAUUCCAAGGGCAGUUUUGUAUGUUCAGGCAGCAGUGUAACUACCAGUCCUGGUUUCCAUCUGAGCAGCCUCAUGCUGGAGAUGUGUCAUGUCAGGCCUCUGCCAUUGGUCACUUCUGGUCCCCAGCACCGCGGGUGCCUUGCUGCUUGGUCACUAGCCCCACAGGGAUGCGCCUGCCUGCUCCAGGGCCCAGCCACUGGGCACAUCUUGUGCCAGUCCAGGGCCACCUGACCAUAGGCAGGGAGGGAGCAGCCUUCUCUGAGCAGACAGGGCAGGUAAGGGAGGAGCGUUAAGUUCCCGGCGAGAGGCGUGUGGUGAGUUCCCUUCCAGCCCCUCACCUAGUGGGCGGGCGUCUGGGAGAGGAGUGGGAUGUGUCUCUCCUGGUCCUCCAGGAUCUGGGACGGUGAAGCCUGCUGUGACCUGUGGGCAGGAUCUGGGGUUCACUGGUGACGAGUCGGAUGUUCCUGCAGCACCACGUUAGUCAGGCUGAGUCCAGCAGCGUGCUGAAGGAUUUGUGUUUCUUCCAGGUCCCAGCCAUUCACCCCUUGGUACGUGUCAGGGCCAGUGUUGUUAGUAAAACUUCAUUUUGUCAUGUGUUGAAGGCAUGGUGUGUUUCUCGUGCAACCGUUGUUCGGGCUAGGGCCUCGCCUGCCCCACGUUGGGCUGCAUGCUCGACUCCCAAAACCAGGGACUGCUGGCUGGAGAGAGAGAGAGAAGGGGAGGGCAGUUCCUCUGCUCCAGUCCCCACAGGCAUCCUGAGAGGAGGCUGAGCAGUGCCUCAUUGCUUCAAGAGAUCUGUGCAAAUCAAAGACUUAAGUGUCAGUUGUUCUUGAGCCUGAAUACGUUUGUAUGUGUGUUUAGCUUGACAAAAAUUGUUUUAAGUUCACUAAUGUAACAGUGAGACGUCAGGCCCAGCGGGAACUUGCAGUAAAUGAGCUGGCUCCUUGAACUAGAUUGGCCUGGCAUCACUGUGGUGAGGUGAUUGCGAGCUCACAACUCAGAGGGGAUCUCCAGCAUGUCUCUGAUAUACUAACUUCAUUUGUGCUGCAUAGAAAACUCUUUUACUUUCUUAAUAGCAGCUUGUUUGACAGUCCUGAAUUACUAAGUGUUGACCAAUUAUCAAAGUAACUGUAUGUGAAGUUGCCAGUGAUAUAUUUUCUGUAAAAGAAUGAAUUCUUAGAGUGUCAAAACAUUAAUUUCCCAUUUCAUCUACAAAUUGUGUAACUACCAGAUUGUCAUGGUAGCAGUAUUGAUAUACAUAUCUGUAUAUAGACAAAAAACAACCACCCCAAACCUCGGUAACAAUCAUUAGAAUUGAAAGGUUUAAUAUUUUUUUCCCAGUCAAAUGCACUAAUGCUUCCAAGGUCACAAAAGAGUGUACAGUUGUUGAACAAGUUGUAAAUAAACACUUAUAUAAAAUGUAAA